AUGUUUGCAUUCGCCUCUCUCGUCAUCGCCGCUCUCGCCACGCUCACCAUCCAAACCGCCUCCGUGGCUCCUUCGGCCGAGUACGCCGUCAGCGACAGCGACAUUCUCACCUGGCUCGCCACGACCGACGCCGAGGUCAUCCACGUCGGUGCCGACGGCGAGUCGCUCCAGUCCCCGCCGCCCCCACCCCGCGCCGACGCCCUCGCGCGUCGCCAGGGGAGCGUGAGGGUUGUGUGGUGCGACAGGCGGUCCGGUGCCGUGUGCGGCGGGACGUGCCGGAUCUACACCGGAUCGGCGACGUGCCUCAAUGUCAGAGGCCAGGCGGCGUGCCUGAUGGCGAGCGCGAACGUCGCCUUCUGCGACAACACGUCGUGCGGCGGGAGCUGCAACACGUUCGCCCGGUGUGGGACGAAGCUGGACAACAACUUCUGCUACACGCCCGGGACGGACUCGAUCAACGUCCCGUUCGUGAACUGA